GUAUUUCUGAACUGGUGCAGUGCCGGUUCAUCUCCACCGAUGGUGUGCAGAACAAGGGGGACCUAGAAGGAAAACUUUGUCAAAAAAUCUCCACGUUAAUAUAAAAAAACGCAACUUAAAAAUUCAUCAUCAUGAGUUUAAUUUCCUCCUCCUCACUGAUCCGGCGCUGGGACAACCAUUCCAGCCCCUACCGCCUCUCCCAGAUGUCCUUCACUCCCUCACGACGGCUGCUGAAGUCCGAGCCUUUGCGCUGCUGGGAGCCAAAUGAGCUGAGUGUGGUAUGUGCAGAGCUGGUGGGACUGAGAGCUCAGGAAAGAGAAGAGUUAGUGGGGCUGAAUGACCGCUUUGCCUCCUACAUCGAGAAGGUGCGUCGUUUGGAGCAGCAGAAUCGGAUGCUCAUGGUGCAGCUGGAAGCCCUGCAGGGAAUGCAGACUCAGCCAUCUCGGCUGCAGCAGCUGUAUAGGCAAGAGGCACAGGAUCUCCGCCAGCAGCUGCACCAUGAGACUCAGGACAAGGAGCACACAGAGGUGCGCAGAGACAAGCUGCGAGUGGAGCAGGAGCAACUGGAAAAGCGCUGGCAGGAGGAGGUCCGACAGCGUGAGAGGGCUGAGGAUGAGCUGCAGCAUGCAAGAGACGAGGCAGACAGGACAGCAAUGUUGACCUGUGAUGCCGAGGUGAAAGUGAAUUCUUUGGCGCAGGAGUUGGCCUUUCUGAAGCAGGUGUUCGCAGAAGAGCGGGAGGGGUUGAAGGUGCAGCUGCAGGUGUCCAGUCUCAUCACAGAGCCAGAUGUGAGCAGACCAGACCUCUCAGCCGCCCUGAGAGAGAUCCGUGCACAGUAUGAGAGCCUGGCCAGGCGCAACAUGCAAACCGCCGAAACCUGGUACCAGGGAAAGGUGGCCAAUGUGGCACAAGUAACCGAUAAGCAGCAGGAGGCUGUGCGCUUGGUGCGCGAGGAAACGGCCAAGCACCGUCAGCUGCUGCUGGCUUGCUCCACUGAGGUUGAAACUCUGAAGAGUGUUAUCAACUCGCUUAAUGCUCAGCUCAGAGAACUAGAGGAGACACAGAGUGAGGAGGUUGCCAAGUAUCAGGGGAGGAUAAGUCAUCUGGAGAGGGAUAUUGCUGAGGCUAAAGAGGAGAUGUCACGCUACUUGAAGGAAUACCAAGAUCUGUUGAACGUAAAGAUGGCCCUGGACAUUGAAAUUGCAGCAUACAAGCAGCUGCUUGAGGGGGAGGAGAUUCGGCUGACAUACUGCUCUGUGCCUGUUCUGGCGUAAACCCUAACCUAUUAAUACCCUUUCAAAAUUUCCAUCAACCAUAACCCAUCGAUGCUGAUCCUUUAUUCACAUCAAACCAUGCAACUCUUGACGUUUAACACACUGUUCUAGCCUCAUAGAAUAUGUAAACGUAUUGGAUAAUGCUUGCCCCUUAACCCAGGGGUCUCCAAUUUUGUCUACAAAGAGCCAAUGUGACUGUAAGAUUUUCAUAUCAGUUAAGCUGGAUUAAAUAGGUAUGUUUAGGUAUGACCCUUUUUGGCUGGAAAGAAUGUCUGCAGCCACUCCAACUUUAAUCCUAAUUGUCCAAACCCCAAACUAUGUUGCUCCUAAACUAAGACCUAAACCCACAUUAUGACACCUAACCAUAUAUUCCCAUUACCAGCAUCACUAAUUUAAAGAUAAAUGAGCCCUUGUGUCACACAAGAGGUAAACCAGGAUCUUCCCCCUUCUUCUUCACACUAAAUGAAACAAGGCCACCAUGGAGAGAACAUGAAGUUCAGCACUUGCCCAGUCAGAGUUUAAUAUCCUCAUGUUGGUGAAUUGUCACUCCUCAGUUCUUCUCCAAGUGCCAAUCAUGACUGGUGAUCAAGUCCCUUCUGUACAAACUAUUAACCAGUCGUUUGUGAAAGUGGAUUCUUUUCUAAACCAGUCUUGCAUUAGGUAGAAAAGUACUGAGGUAGUGACUUAGUUUUGACCCAAAAUUCACCAACAGGAUGUUACUCUACACAGCGACUCUAAGUGUAGUAAGUAAGCAAAACUGAAUGGUUUGUCAAGCCAUUCAGAGCUGCAGCACCUCAUUUGCUUAUUGUUCACAUUUCUAGAUAACUUUUAGUCUUCAUACUAAUAUUGUGAGCAGUGGUUGCUUCAGUAAUAGAAAAGUAUUUUACUUAAUAGAAAUAUCUUGACUAGAAAUGUCAAACAUUGUUACUGAAGAAUCAUUAGCUAGAAUAAUUGUGUUUAUCCUUAUCAGACACUACAGUAGUGAAUCUGUGUGCUUUCAUAUGCUUCUGUUACAUCUGCCCAUCAAUGUGAAACUAAGUUAAUUGCUAGUGGGUCAAACAACUAGCAGAGAAGUAACCGGCAUCAGUAUCGUCUGUGCUGUAGUCUGUACCUCUGCUCCUAAAAACAAUACCUACUGAAUAAAACAAAUACAAAACUCA